AUGAAUUUAAUGCUUUUAAUAAUUUUCAUAAUGAGUACUUCACUGUGGAUUCAAACAGGAGCUAUCAGGUGUUAUACAUGCGAUCAGUGUUCAUUACCUGUUAGAUUGGCAGAUUUCGAAAUAGCCGAUGACUGUAAAUACUGCAAAACGAUAGAAUAUUGGCGUUACUUUUCGGGAGGAAUUACUACAAGACAAUGUGUAAAACACUGUAAGACUGUGUCUAACUGGUUUUACUGGAGUCUGAAAUCUGUACAAUUUACAGUUAAAUGCUGUACUGUAGACUUAUGCAACACUGGGAAUUCGAUCACUGUUAACUCUUACCUUUUCAUAAUUUUUCCUCUACAGUAUAUAAUAUGGAAGUACUAGGAUGCUAAACUCUUGCAGUACAUAACUCUAUCACUGAGUGAGUAUUCGAAAACAUGAUUCUUCCUAUUACUAUUAUUAUUAUUCACAAAUUUAAUUUUAUUUCAAUGCAGUUUUCGAAAGAAAAAAACUUUAAACCUUUUCCUGCAGAGACUUAUGCUACUCAUUAGUAGGUAUACAGUUUUUACCUAAACUUUCUGAAAAAUGCCGUUCUUGUUAAUUAGACCAAAAUCGAUGCGUUUUUAAUUAGCAACAUGACUGAACUACUUUCCUUUUUUUUUAAUAAUUUGUUAAAUGUUCUCAUCAGUUAGUUUCCCCCUUUCAAUAUGUAUGUAAUCAAUCUAAUUCUUUCCAGCUUUUUCAUAGUUUGUGUGAAUGGCGGAAAUGCUAUUACAUCUACCAAUUUUUUUAUUAUUCUUAACCAGUAGCUUUUUAAAAAUAGAUUCAGUAAUUGA